AUGGCAAGACUCACUGAUGAUGCCAACUACGAUGACGGCGAAAUGUCUGAGAAUAGAGGCUGUCGUGCUAACGAAGCCCGACGACAUCCUGGUUCUCGACGUCGUGGCAACCUUAGCAAUAUUGCUAAUGCUGAAAAAGAAGCUGAUGUGCCUCAUGAUACCUUAUCUGGACCAGCUAAAACGAAAUCUAAGAAUUCUGAAAUUUAUUGCAUCUGCCGAACACCAUACGAUCCACUUCGGUGA